GGGUGGCAGCGGGGCCGGGGGCCAGACCAAGGCCAGAGGCGGGACCAGCCGCCGCCGUCUCGGUCUUGUCCCGUCCCCAACAGUGCCGGGCAGCCGCCACUGGAGAAGCGGAAACUGCAGGGUGCGCCGCGCCGGCCCAGAGCGCGCCGAGGAGCAGCCGGGCCGCCUCCGUCCCGUCCAGACCCAUCGAGAGGCCGCGGAGCCCCCUUCCCCGCGCCCCGCCCCGGCACUGCCCGAGCUCGCCGCGCGCCCCCGGACCGACCCCCGCCGCCCGAGCGCGCCCACCUGAGCCCAUCCGUGCCCACCUGAACCCGUGCGCCGGCGCCAUGGCGGAGCAGGAGAGCCUGGAGUUCGGGAAGGCGGACUUCGUGCUGAUGGACACCGUCUCCAUGCCCGAGUUCAUGGCCAACCUCCGGCUCAGAUUCGAAAAAGGGCGCAUCUACACCUUCAUCGGGGAAGUCGUUGUCUCGGUGAAUCCUUACAGGCUGCUGAACAUCUAUGGGAGAGACACGAUUGAGCAGUACAAAGGGCGGGAGCUGUACGAGAGGCCGCCGCAUCUUUUUGCCAUUGCCGAUGCUGCUUACAAGGCAAUGAAGAGGCGAUCCAAAGACACCUGCAUCGUGAUAUCCGGGGAAAGCGGAGCUGGUAAAACGGAAGCCAGUAAAUACAUCAUGCAGUAUAUCGCGGCCAUCACCAACCCCAGUCAGAGAGCCGAGAUCGAAAGAGUGAAGAACAUGUUGCUGAAGUCCAACUGCGUCCUGGAGGCUUUCGGCAACGCCAAGACCAACCGCAACGACAACUCAAGCAGGUUCGGGAAAUACAUGGAUAUCAACUUCGAUUUCAAGGGGGACCCCAUUGGCGGACAUAUCAAUAACUACUUACUGGAAAAGUCUCGAGUGAUUGUGCAACAGCCAGGAGAAAGAAGCUUUCAUUCUUUCUAUCAGCUACUCCAAGGAGGUUCAGAGCAGAUGCUACAUUCUCUGCAUCUCCAGAAAUCCCUUUCAUCCUAUAACUAUAUCCAUGUUGGAGCCCAACUAAAGUCGUCUAUCAAUGAUGCUGCGGAGUUCAAAGUGGUAGCUGAUGCCAUGAAAGUCAUUGGCUUCAAACCUGAGGAGAUUCAAACAGUGUAUAAAAUUUUGGCUGCUAUUCUUCACUUGGGGAAUUUAAAGUUUGUCGUGGACGGUGACACGCCUCUGAUCGAAAACGGCAAGGUGGUGUCUGUCAUCGCGGACCUGCUGUCCACCAAGCCGGACAUGGUCGAGAAAGCCCUCCUUUACAGGACGGUGGCCACGGGUCGGGAUGUCAUCGACAAGCAGCACACGGAGCAAGAAGCUAGCUACGGCAGAGACGCCUUCGCCAAGGCCAUAUACGAGCGCCUUUUCUGUUGGAUCGUUUCUCGCAUCAACGAUAUCAUUGAGGUCAAGAGGUCUGACGCCACCAUCCACGGGAAGAACACGGUCAUCGGCGUCCUGGAUAUCUACGGCUUUGAGAUCUUUGACAACAACAGCUUUGAACAGUUCUGCAUCAAUUACUGCAACGAGAAGCUGCAGCAGCUCUUUAUCCAGCUGGUCCUGAAGCAAGAACAAGAGGAGUACCAGCGGGAGGGCAUCCCCUGGAAGCACAUUGAUUACUUCAACAAUCAGAUCAUCGUGGACCUGGUGGAGCAGCAGCACAAAGGGAUCAUCGCCAUCCUUGACGACGCCUGCAUGAACGUAGGCAAAGUCACCGAUGAGAUGUUCCUGGGAGCCCUUAACAGUAAACUGGGCAAACACGGUCACUUUUCCAGCCGGAAGCUCUGCGCCUCAGACAAAAUCCUGGAGUUUGAUCGAGAUUUUCGCAUUCGACAUUACGCAGGCGACGUGGUCUAUUCUGUCGUUGGCUUUAUUGACAAAAACAAAGACACCUUAUUUCAAGACUUCAAGCGCCUCAUGUAUAACAGUUCAAACCCGGUGCUGAAGAAUAUGUGGCCUGAAGGCAAACUGAGCAUCACAGAGGUGACCAAGAGGCCGCUGACCGCUGCCACCUUAUUUAAGAAUUCCAUGAUUGCUUUAGUCGACAACCUUGCAUCAAAGGAGCCGUAUUACGUACGUUGCAUCAAACCCAACGACAAGAAGUCCCCACAGAUCUUUGAUGAUGACCGCUGCCGGCACCAAGUGGAGUACCUGGGGCUGCUGGAAAACGUGCGGGUGCGUCGGGCAGGCUUUGCCUACCGCCAGACCUAUGAGAAGUUUCUUCACAGGUACAAAAUGAUCUCCGAAUUCACCUGGCCCAACCACGACCUCCCUUCAGACAAAGAGGCUGUCAAGAAACUGAUUGAACAUUGUGGCUUUCAGGAUGAUGUCGCUUACGGGAAGACCAAAAUUUUCAUUCGAACGCCCCGAACACUGUUUACCUUGGAAGAGCUCCGUGCCCAGAUGCUCGUGAGAAUUGUCCUCUUUCUGCAAAAGGUGUGGCGAGGCACCCUGGCCCGCAUGCGGUACAAGAGGACCAAGGCGGCUCUGACGAUUAUCCGCUACUACCGUCGCUACAAAGUGAAGUCCUACAUCCAUGAGGUGGCCAGACGUUUCCAUGGCAUCAGGACCAUGAGGGACUACGGCAAGCAUGUACAGUGGCCAACCCCACCCAAAGUUCUCUGCCGUUUCGAGGAGGCCCUGCAGGCAAUUUUUAAUAGGUGGAGAGCAGCCCAGCUCAUCAAGACCAUACCUGCUUCAGACCUGCCCCAGGUUAGGGCAAAGGUGGCAGCCGUGGAAAUGUUGAAGGGCCAAAGGGCUGACCUCGGACUCCAGAGGGCCUGGGAGGGCAACUAUCUCGCUUCGAAGCCAGAUACCCCUCAGACCUCGGGCACUUUCGUCCCUGUUGCGAAUGAGCUGAAGCGGAAGGACAAAUACAUGAACGUCCUUUUCUCCUGUCACGUCCGUAAGGUGAAUCGGUUUAGUAAGGUGGAAGAUCGGGCGAUUUUUGUCACUGACCGUCACCUGUAUAAGAUGGACCCCACGAAGCAGUACAAAGUGAUGAAGACCAUCCCGCUGUACAACCUGACCGGUCUGAGCGUCUCCAAUGGAAAGGACCAACUCGUAGUGUUCCAUACGAAGGACAAGAAAGACCUCGUUGUCUGCCUCUUCAGCAAACAGCCAACCCACGAGAGUCGAAUUGGAGAACUGGUUGGCGUCCUGGUGAAUCAUUUCAAGAGUGAGAAGCGCCACCUUCAAGUCAACGUCACCAACCCCGUGCAGUGCAGCCUGCACGGGAAGAAGUGCACUGUCUCCGUGGAGACGCGGCUCAACCAGCCGCAGCCCGACUUCACCAAGAACCGCUCGGGCUUCAUCCUCAGCGUGCCAGGCAACUGAGGUGCCAGGGUCCGCGCUGUCAGGGUCCCCUGCCUCCUCUGCAGCGCCUCCCCAAGGUCCACCCCCGGCUUUCUCCUUUGGUCUCUGUCUUCCUCUGUCCUGACUGUCCGUGGCCCCCUCAGCAAACCAAAGACCAGCACCCAGCGACCCCUAGUCCCCAGCUCCCCUCUAGUCAGCCAAGGCCACCCCGACACCAGGUCAGCCUGCCUGACCCUUUGACCAGCAGCUGGCCGUGGGGGGGGGAGGAGUGGGGGCGCCCGGGUGCAGUUUCCAACCCAAGACAGGCCCCUGGGCUUGGGGAGACGAGCUGGGGAGGCAGCCCUGCGCUCUCCCUGGGCCCACCUGCCCUCCUCCCCAGGGCCAGAGCCGCCCCCAAGCCCAGCCUCAGGGAGCUGGAGCUCCUCACGGACCCCUGCCCCCAUCAGCCAGCCAAAGCCACCGGGUGAGCAGGUUCACCUGCAGGGCAGCCCCUCAGCCCAGGCGCCACUGGCCAGCAGACCAGCUGCAGCCAGCUGGCGUCUGUCCUGCCCAGAGCCUGCCCCCGGCCACCUCCCCAGCGAGAGUAGGCAGGGGAUGCCCCAGGGGUCGUCUGAACCAUGCAGCCUGGGCCUCUGCUUGUUUUAUACUUAUUUUUGCAGUCCACAGGGUUGCUCAUUAGAUUGCGUGUCUGCUGUGUCCACGUUCAUGCGAGGAACACUAAUAAGAAAAUAGGAUUGGGGGCAGGGGAGCACUCGGGGGUUUGGAAGGUUCCCCUUCAGACACCUCUGCCUCGUACUCCCCAGGGCCAGGCCGGAGCACACAGGCAUCUGGGGAAGCAGAGCCAGGGAUCCUGGUGCUGCAGGCCAGGCCAGGAUGCCCGCCCCGGCCAGCUGAGAGCCCGUGUGCUCCACAUGCGCCCAGGCCCGCCUCCUCCAGGCCUGGGCAGGAGGCCACAGACCUGGGCGCAGCCGGGGUGGGGAAGGGGCUGAGGGCGAGCCCACGCCCCAGGAGGAGCUGGGGGUGGGGGUGGGGGGGCUGUGAAAGAGGGACGUGCUUGUGUCUUCUUCCCUUUCAGCCGCAGAUCACAGAUGCUGCCUCCCCCGCCAGGCUCCCACCCCCCCUGCCAUCCCCGACCCCACCAAACUCACCAAGUGCCGCCUCCUGUGCCUCGCCCAGUGCCUGCCGAGGUCACCUGGCCGGUCCCCGGGUGGUCCCAGCGGCCUGGUUUCCUACGCUGGCCCUCCCCCUGCUUCCCAGGGCUUGAGCACAUUCGCACCCUGGACAACUCGCGACAAAGAGUCCUGGUGAUAUCCUGGCCUCGGAAACGCGCUCUCAUCCUCCAAGCCUGGUCGGCUGCCUGUACAGGGCAGCGCUGCCACCAGCCCCGUCCAGCAACACCUGCCGCCUUGCCAGUCGCCUUGACACUAGUCCAUCCGUCUUAACUGGAACAUGGCCCCUCCUUGCCACCCAUCUCCCCAGACUUGUUGCUUUACUAGGUCCACGCAAACGUAUGUUUUAGACACCAAGACAGAACGUGCCAACUGAGUGCCUUUCAGAGGCUGGAGGAGGAGCGGGGUCUGGAGUCCUGCCUCCUGCCUUUCCGCGCUGCCUCUGGCCCCUAAGCCCGGCACCUCCGGGUCCACAAGCACUUUUCCCAUGAUGUCCUAAAAGAAGUCACAGUGUGUGGCAACUGAAGAAGGACUUUCAGGUGUGACCACAGUGCCCAGGGCAAACCAGGAGGACACAGUGAUUGUAUGCAAUGAAGGGUUUCUCUUGAUUUCAUUAAAUGCAGUUUUAUGGUUUGGUGCGUAUAUUCCUAGUUUCCAUUAAAUUAACUUUAUUUCUAAAGCAUAUUUUGAUUUAUCAUCAAGAGCAAUAAAGCAUUAAAUCUUA